CCUAUAUACAUCAAUUGCUUUGAUGUGUGUGUUCUUGAUCAAUCUCGCGGUGCUCUUGCUUCAGUCCUCAGAUUGAGAUAUUUUCUGACCGGAGGAGGAAGGAGAAACGAUGGGUUGUGUCCUAAUUUCUUCUUGUCCCCCGUCCUCGCUCGUGCUCGCCUCUCACCCUCACCAAGUUUUUCUCCGCCGGAAUCUAAAGCAGUGAGAUUCCGGUUCGUCCUCAAUUUUCUCCGACCCGUAGAACCCUUAUUGCGAAACCAUGUUGUUUCAAUCUCCCUCAAGAUUCCAUUCUCUCCUAGGCUCUCA